AUGUAAAUAUAUAGAUUAAUAUUUUUAGAAGAACAAGGAAGUGAUGAUGUUAAAUCUAUGGUUCUUUUACUUGUAAAAUGGAAACUAAGCUUUCUUGAAAAAUAUUAAAGUUACGUUGUUGUCAUACUUGAGUGUGAAUUUUUGGGAUAUAAAGACAUUUCUUUAGAUCUUAGUACCUUCAACCCAGAUGUUCAUUUAAGUGAAACAAAAAAAAUAAAAUAUACAAUUCUCAAAACUAAUUUAAACAAACCUCCACAAUAAGUAGAACCUUAACCACUUAAGAAAGUCAAGAUAGAAAACUUUGUCUUUUCUAAACCAAUUGAAAACUCAAUAAUAUUUGAUGAAAAUUUGAUUAACUAAUCUAUCACUAUGAAUAAAAGUUAUCUUAAAUACUUCUAGGAUUAAUAGACUAUUUCAGAAUUAUUAGUAAACAAAAAGAAAUCUUGGGUUUUGGAAGGAAGAAUUGUUGACAAAAGUGACAUGCUCGAAUUUAAGAAAAAAAACUCAAAUGUUCUAUCUCAAUAUUUUAAGAUUAUCAUUUUGGAUAGAGAACAAGGGAUUAUACCUGGAUUAUUUUAUGAUAAAUCCAACCUUAAAAUGUUUCCUAUCCUAGAAAAAGGAAAAGUAUAUUUGUUUAAAAAUGGAAGUGUAUCUAAAGAUAAUUCAAAUUAUCCAAAAUCCAUAACAUUUACCUAAUUUUCUAUAAUCUAAGAAUCAGAAAAUGAUGAUCUUCCAAAAAUUCCAAUGAUUUCACCUAAAAAAAUAUAUGAUUUAUAAGGUCAACCAAUAGACUCAAUAGUUGAUCUAGUUGUAGUAAUACAAGAAAUUAAGACUUUGUCAGAUGUUUGCCGAUAAUUAACUGUCUUGGAUUAGACUGGAAGGAUUGUAAUAAAAUUAAUGGGUAAAUAGUAUGUAACUUAAAUAUUCAAAAAAGGCGAAAUUAUUAUCUGUAAAGGUUUGACCUAUAAAACCUAACAAAAUUUUGCAUAUCUUACUUCUAAUUAUAACACUAUCAUUUUAAAUGAUCAGGAUUACAACAAUGAAGUUAAAUCCUUAAGGGAUUGGUUGUAAGAAAAAGAUAUAGAUCACAUAAUGAAGCCUAGUAAAAAUUGUUUAAAGGUUAAUUUAGAAUAAUUGGAAGAAUGUGUAUUAAAGAAAUUGAAUGAAGGUAAAAGUAAAAAUAAUGAAUAAAUGAUUGUAAUCGGAUAUUUAACAGGAAUGUCAAUUUUUACUUACCCUAGAUGUCCAAGUAAUCGAUGUCAUUCAAAAAUGGAAAAAGUUCCAUAGAGGGAUACUUAUAGAUGUAAGAAGUGCUAUGUGGAAAAUAAUUCUCCAUAAAUGAGUUUUAUAAUGAAUGUUACAAUUAUGGAUGAACAUACUAAAAUUGAAGCUACUGUAUUUGAUGAUUAUGCAGUUAAAUUGCUGGGAUUAUCUGCUGAUGAGUACUAAAAAUUAACAGAAUAAGAACAAAGGAUGAUUUUGUACAUAUCCAAAUUCAGAUAAUAACAAAUAAAACUUUAAGUACUCUUUAACGAUUACAACGGAUCUAUAAGGCCAUAAUAUAAAGUAGUAGAAAUCACUGAUAUCGAUUACAAGGAAUUAGCUGAUGAAGAAAUGAAAAACUUUGAAGAACUUGAUUAUUUAUUAAAUGUUUCAUAAAUUAUAUGA